AUGAAGUUCCCGCCAUCAUCAUUCCGGAGCUCUCUUCCUCCACGCAACGCCUUGUCCACGCGGGCUCCACGGCUUGCAAAGAGCGGCAUUACAAACAGCCCACCACUUCGAGCGACCUUUGCAGCAAACGAGCGAAUAAUCAGAUCCUACAGCGCAGCUACCGUGCCUGCCGCUGACCUGAAGUUUGGCCAGCCUGUCUACGAGACUCAUCCCCACAUUCUCAAAGCCGGCGAACUCACGCCUGGCAUUACAGCCCAAGAAUAUGCCGAUCGAAGGGCAGCCCUCGCCAAUUCCAUGUCGGAGGGAGGCGUGGCAGUGCUUCACGCUGCCUCCCUCCAAUACAAAUCUGGCGCUGUUUUCCAUCCUUACAGACAAGAGUCGAACUUUUUCUGGCUAACAGGAUGGGAGGAGGACGACGCUGUUGCCGUCAUUGAAAAGACGGGCCCCGACUCGGGCGACUACAGCUUCAGCAUGUUUGUCAAGCGUAAAGAUCCCAAGGAGGAACAGUGGAACGGCUAUCGGAACGGCGUCGAAGCGGCAAAGGACGUUUUCAACGCGGACGCAGCCUACUCAAUAGACGGCGUAGACAGCCUCUUGCCAGAUAUACUUCGGUCCGCCAAGGCCGUAUAUGCCGACGCUCAACCCGUCCGCGACGCAGGCAGAGGUUCCUUGUGGAGAUUUCUUUCUAGUAAAGACUCAUCGCAUCCCCCUAGGACGCCACUGUAUCCCGUGAUGAACAAGCUGCGCGUGGUGAAGAGCGCCGCUGAAGUAGCCAAUAUGCGCAAGGCAGGCCAGAUUUCUGGGCGAGCAAUCACCGCGGCCAUGAGACACGGCUGGAGGAAGGAAAAGGACCUCCAUGCUUUCCUGGACUACCAGUUCAUCGUCAACGGCUGCGACGGCCCCGCGUAUAUCCCCGUCGUUGCGGGCGGCGAACGCGCCAACUGUAUCCACUACACUGUCAAUAACAACACGUUUAAAGAAGGCGAGUUGGUGCUUGUCGAUGCGGGCGGCGAGUACGGCACCUACAUCACCGACAUUUCGCGGACGUGGCCUGUAUCCGGCAAGUUUAGUGCAGCGCAGCGCGACCUCUACGAGGCCGUCCUCAAGGUCCAGCGCACCAGCGUCUCAUUGUGCCGCGAAAGCGCCCGGUUAUCGCUCGAGGAAAUUCACGGCAUCACUGCGCGCGGCCUCGUCGACCAGCUCAGGGGCAUCGGGUUCGAUGUGUCCAUUCACAAUAUCGACCAGCUGUUCCCCCACCACGUCGGCCACUACAUCGGUCUCGACGUCCAUGACUGCCCCGGCUUUAGUCGGCGAGAGGUUCUCAAACGUGGCCAAUGUGUCACCAUCGAGCCAGGCGUUUAUGUGCCACGCGACGAGAGGUGGCCAAAGCACUUCCAUGGCAUGGGAAUUCGCAUCGAGGAUAGUAUAUGCGUUGACAAUGAUUCGCCAUUCAUCCUGACGACGGAGGCCGUGAAAGAGGUGGAUGACAUUGAGGCGUUGAGAUGA